AUGUCAAGAGAAGAUCCGAUUAAGGCGGAGAAAGACUUUUCCGCCACUCUAGAUGAGCAAUUCCCACUUAUUGAAAAGAUACCUGACUACAAACAACAGUUGGACAAGUAUUUGGUGUUGGAGAAGCAAACACGUCAGUCUUCUGAUUUAGCCUCAUCAAAAAGAGUAUUGAGCAAAAUUGUGUCGACUUUGGUGUAUAACAACGACUGGGAUUAUUUAAACGAUUUGAUUGUCAUUUUGUCCAAAAAACAUGGUCAAUUGAAGUCUUCAAUUCAAGCAUUUAUUCAAGAUGUGAUUGCCAAUUUGUCGAAAUUGGACGAAUCAAAGGAAAAAGAGUUGGAAACCAAAAUGAAGGUGAUUGAAACAAUAAGAACCGUUACCGAUAAAAAGAUUUUUGUUGAAGUUGAGAGAGCGAUUGUGUCGAAACAGUUGGCGGAAAUUUAUCUCAACAAGAAGCAUGAUUUAGACAAGGCAGUGGAGAUUUUGUGUGAUUUGCAAGUUGAAACGUACUCGAUGAUGCCAUUUAGCGACAAGAUUGAAUACAUUUUGGAGCAAAUUAGACUAACAUUGCAAAAGGGCGACUACAAUCAAGCAAAAAUUUUGAGUAGGAAGAUAUUGUUGAAAACGUUGAAAGGAUUUGACAAGGCAGAUGAGUUCAAAACGACAUACUUGAAAUAUUUGAUUGAUAUAAACACGUUUGAUUAUGACUAUAUAUCAAUUGUGAAGAAUUUGUUGUUGUUGAUUGAAAUCCCAUUAAUUCAGGAGUCGGAGAGUUAUAAAGAUUAUCUCGUGCAGAUUAUUUACUACAUCAUCCUUUCCACGUCUGAUCCUCAUCAAAUUGACUUGAUCAAUAGAAUUCAGAAGAACCCAGUUUUCAAAAAGAAUGUUGUAACAAAGAUUUUCAAAUUGUUGGAGAUAUUCUCUACCGAUGAAUUGAUUCACUGGACAAAUAUUGAAUCUAUUUACAAAGACGAAUUUGCAGAGUCAUUCAUCUUUAAAGAUGAAAAGAAUUACCAAAACUUACAAAAGAGAAUAAUUGAGCACAACUUGCGCGUUAUCAACAAGUUUUACCAAUGUAUUCAAUUGGAGAGGUUGGCUUACCUUUUGCAAUUGUCUACUGAUGAGUCAGAGAAAUAUGUUAGCGAAUUGGUGAAUGAUGGAAUGAUUGUAGCCAAGAUCAACCGACCAAAGGGUAUUGUAAAAUUUGACAAGACCAAACGUGUUGAAGGUAGUGAUCCACGUGUAAGUGACAACCAUAUAAAUGAUUUGCUAAAUGACUGGUGCUUUGAUGUGGAUAAGUUGUUGGAAGAGGUUGACUCUAUUGGUCAUUUGAUCAAUAAGGAGGAAAUGAUGCAUGGAAUAAAGCAAAAAGUAUAG